AACCUACCAAUAUAUCUAAUUUGUACUUUCGAGUUAACUUUCUAUGAUAUGAAACAUUAUGCGUAAUUUAUUACCCAAUCAAAUUGUAGUCGCCAUGUCUAGUCAUGUCUUUGUCUUACUAACCUCAAAUAAAUGACGUACGGACGUUACUGUUAGUAGAUUGUUGGAAAAGAAUUAUAAAUUUUGUUUAAUUUAAUUGUAACAAUGUUGAGAAGAAGACACGUUAAUAUUAAAACUAUGAAAGAACUUGAUGCAUUUCCUAAAGUACCUGAACCAUAUGUAGAUAAAACUGCAGUUGGUGGGACUUUUUCUAUCUUCACAUUUUGUAUUAUUGCUUAUUUAAUAAUAGCAGAAACAAAUUAUUUUCUUGAUAGUAGAUUGCAAUUUAAAUUUGAACCAGAUACAGACUAUGAUGCAAAAUUGAAAAUAAAUAUUGAUAUAACUGUGGCAAUGCCAUGUGGUCGCAUCGGGGCAGAUAUUUUAGAUUCAACGAAUCAAAAUUUAGUAGGUUAUGAUACUUUAGAAGAAGAAAAUACUUGGUGGGAAUUAAGUUUAGAACAAAGAUCACAUUUUGAAGCUUUGAAACAUAUGAAUUCAUAUUUAAGAGAAGAGUAUCAUGCAAUCCAUGAAUUACUUUGGAAAUCUAAUCAAAUUACAUUGCAUAGUGAAAUGCCAAAAAGAACUCGUGAACCAUCAUAUGUACCAGAUGCAUGUCGAAUUCAUGGUAGUAUAAAUGCAAAUAAAGUCGCUGGAAACUUUCAUAUAACUGCUGGAAAAUCUUUACCUCUUCCAAGAGAUCACAUACAUAUUUCUGCAUUUAUGACUAAUAGAGAUUAUAAUUUUACUCAUAGAAUUAAUAAGUUUUCCUUUGGAGGACCUAGUCCUGGUAUUGUACAUCCUCUUGAGGGAGAUGAAAAAAUUGCUGACAAUAAUAUGAUGCUAUAUCAGUAUUUUGUGGAAAUAGUUCCCACUGACAUAAGAACUUUGCUAAGUACAUUUAAAACAUAUCAAUAUAGCGUAAAAGAUCAUCAAAGACCUAUUGAUCAUUUAAAAGGAUCUCAUGGAAUACCUGGCAUAUUUUUUAAAUAUGACAUGAGUGCUUUGAAAAUAAGGAUUACACAAGAACGCGAUACCAUUACACAAUUUUUAGUAAAAUUAUGUGCUACAGUUGGAGGUAUAUUUGUUACAAGUGGUUUGAUAAAAAAUAUUAUACAAAAUUUUUGGUAUAUCAUAUGUUGCAAAUUUUUUCGUCAUGAGCCUGAUGUAAAUAACCAAAGAAAAUCUGUUUCCUUAAUUGCAAGAGAUUAUGAAAGUCCACGAACUAUAAAUUUACUUCAAGUUUCAGCACCUGAUAAUAUUGAUAUUAUGUUAAAACCUCAGAAAAAUAAUUAUGUAAAUUGAUUUUCUAAAGCAUUUGCCAUCAUUAUAGUAAUAUACUGCACUAAUUUAAAAUAAAACAUUGCAUAUGUCACGUCAUAUGUAAUAAAUAUUGUAUAGUGAAUAUGUUGAUAAAAGUAUUAUCGUGUAUAAAAAAAGGAUUUU